GGGGCAGUGGCAGCACCCCGCGCUUCGCUGAGAGACCAAGCAGCGUAGCAGCAUUACCGCUCAGGCGCACCGGCUGCAGGAGGGGAGCCCAGCGGCUGCAGCAGCAGCCGCCGCCCCGAUGCACCCCGAGUGCAGGGGGCGAACCGGGGGCCGCCGCCUCGGAGCAGGCUGCUAGCAGGAGCGAGCCCGGCCGCGGUCCGCGGCUGCUGCGGUGGCGGUGACUGGCUGGCGGAGUGAGCGCCCCCGGGGGAUCCAAUGGGGCCAAGCGGCGGGCGCUCGGGAGAAGUGUUAGUAGUGCAGCGCGCUCCCGCUGCCCUGGCCCCGGGGGGAGGGACCCAGCCAUGCUCCAGUCUGCAGGGGAGAACCGGGCUCUGCUCUCCCAGCCUCUCCCGCUUUCGCUGCUGUUGCAGCAGCCCGGGCCGCCUGCAGUGGGCGCUGGGGAGGGAUCAGGGGAGCCGCCUGUGGCUCCGGGGCCAGCGCAGAUGGUGGCUGGCAGCCUACUGUCCCUGCUGAUUCUCUGGACGCUGUUUGGCAACGUGCUGGUGUGUGUGGCCAUCAUCCGCUUCCAGCACCUGAGGAGCAAGGUCACCAACAUCUUCAUCGUGUCCUUGGCUGUCUCUGACCUCUUGGUGGCCCUGUUGGUGAUGCCCUGGAAGGCAGUGGCCGAGGUGGCUGGCUACUGGCCCUUUGGGGCCUUCUGCAAUGUCUGGGUGGCCUUUGACAUCAUGUGCUCCACCGCCUCCAUUCUGAACCUCUGUGUGAUCAGCAUGGACAGGUACUGGGCCAUCUCCAGCCCAUUCAGGUAUGAGAGGAAGAUGACCCAGAGGGUGGCUUUGGUGAUGAUCAGCGUGGCUUGGGCUUUGUCUGUCCUUAUUUCCUUCAUCCCUGUCCAGCUCAACUGGCACAAAGGUGGGGAUGUUGAUGGAGGUGGACCUGGCACUACCUCAGCAGCAGGCACUGGCACCACCUGGGCAGAAGGGAUUGGCCCUAACUGGACAGUAGUAUUGAGACUCUCAGAGGGGACCGCCAGCAACAAUGAGACUCUUGAGGGACAGGCUGAGAGCUGUGAUUCCAGCCUCAACAGGACCUAUGCUAUCUCCUCCUCGCUGAUCAGCUUUUAUAUCCCUGUGGCCAUCAUGCUAGUCACCUACACACGGAUCUACCGCAUUGCCCAAGUGCAGAUCCGCAGGAUUUCCUCCCUGGAGAGGGCAGCCGAGCAUGCACAGAGUUGUCGGAGCAACCGCGUUGACUGCCGCUACCACCACACCAGCCUCAAGACUUCCAUCAGAAAAGAGACCAAGGUCUUGAAGACCCUCUCAGUCAUCAUGGGAGUCUUUGUCUGCUGCUGGCUUCCCUUCUUCAUUCUGAACUGCAUAGUCCCCUUCUGUGAGAGCCCCCCUAACAACCCGUAUGCUGGCCUUCCCUGUGUCAGCGAGACCACCUUUAAUAUUUUUGUAUGGUUUGGCUGGGCCAACUCAUCCCUCAAUCCCAUCAUCUAUGCUUUCAAUGCUGACUUCAGAAAGGUUUUCUCCAACCUCCUAGGGUGCAGUGAGUUUUGCUCUAGCACUCCAGUGGAGACAGUCAAUAUAAGCAAUGAACUCAUCUCCUACAAUCAAGACACCCUUUUCCAUAAGGAAAUAGUGACUGCUUAUGUCAACAUGAUCCCUAAUGUGGUUGAUUGUGAGGAUGAUCCUUUUGACAGGAUGUCCCAGAUCUCCCCAGACCAUGAGAUUGAGCUGGACUGUGAGGGGGAGAUUUCCCUAGACAAAAUAACACCUUUCACCCCAAAUGGCUUACUUUAAAUUGCAUCAUGUCCUGUCUGCUUUUAAUGGAUUGUAUAACAAAUUGCAAACACAGAAUGAAAAGACUACUGAUCAGUCAAUUCACUCCAACUGUGUCUUGCACUUUCAGAGUUUAGAAAUUGCCACACAGAGUUGAUAAACAUCAUUAUUUCAACAUCCCCAAAACUGAGAGAGGACUAGGAAGUUAAAUUAGCCCUGGGGUGUGAUACUGGGAUAUGAUUAGUUAGUUAGUGUUUGUAAAAAGCUCUGAAGAUGGAAAGUGCUCUCAAAGCAUAAAGAAUCAUAACUUCUAAGAACAGGGACAGAUGCUGUAAUGACAUGGUCACUGAAAAGAAAAAUUAUUAGAUUGUCCAAUUCUUGUUUUCGUUUGAAUUUUAUGUGGAGCUAAGGGUUGGGGGAGGGGGGGUGAACUGAGUGAUUAUUUAAAUACUUUUUCUGUUUCUUUCAAAACAGGUUCUCUGUAAUUAAUAUGUUUUCCUAGGCAGCAUUAUUGCCUUUGAUAUCUUUGCCUUGUCCUGAAGUUGAAAAUAAAUGUUAUUGAUCGAGGAGUUAUUUUUCCUUCCUUAGCAUGAAGAUUUACAUUGUGUAAACACUUUAAUCAUUCAAGUAGAAAUGCUAAAUUUUAACUUGUUAUUUCAAGAGCAAACUAAAGUCUGUGUGGAAAUAGAAUGUUUGAGUUAAAGCAAUGCUCACAGGAGAAAUCUGAUUUUAAACUAGCUCUUCUUGAUACUUCUACUGGGCUAGAUUAUUGCUUACAGUUUUUGUUCCCUUUGCAUUAAUUGUCACUGAUGUCCUUUAUAAGUCAUGAUUUUCUGUAGCCAAAAUAUCAAACGUAUAUUUAUAAAAUAUUAAAAAUCAUCAUCUUAAUUCUCAACCUGAAUGGACUUUUAAGAUGCUAAUAGUGAGCAAAGAAUAACCUCCUUUGAUAGUGUUCACAAAACUGUGUUUUCUAUUGUAACUAUUUUAGAAAAUGAUAGCUAUAAUUUGUCAUUUCCAGUGUUGCUAGUAGGUUUUAUAGUUUCAGGGAGCUCUCAAAUGCCAAAAUGCAUGACAGUACUGCUGUUGGAUUUUAAACUGAAAUCUCGUCUUGCUGAAUCUUUAAUUCAAACUUUUAAAAUGUUAAAGGUAUUUAAUGAGAUUUAGGAUUUAGAAGAUUUUUAAUACAGGUUUAGGAAAAACAUUACAUUGAGGUGUUUUAAAGAAACUUUAAUUCUAUUAACUCAUUCCAAGUACAGUGGAAUGAUAUAUUUUUAGAAUAGUUAGGCACAUUAUUUUAGAAACAUUCUAAAGCAUUUCAGCUCAGAAAAUGACAGGUUUCAGAGUAGCAGCCGUGUUAGUCUGUAUUCGCAAAAAGAAAAGGAGUACUUGUGGCACCUCGGAGA